UCGCCGGCCCCGGGCUUCGCUCUCCGUUCGCUGAGCCCCGCGCUCGCCACCGCAGCAAGUCGCAAAGACGAGGCGGGUCGCUGGAGAGCCGCGGGGAGACCGCCUUGGACGUGCCCUCCGCCCCACAGAGGCUGCGGGUCCCUCGUUCCCUGGGCUUCUCUAGUUUUACCAUGAACCUGGCGCAAGCUUGGCUUUAGGAGAAAUUCAGAAGCCGGAGGGGGAGUCAGUGCAAUUCUUUGGUUGCUAAGUGUGAGUGAAGAUAUCCGGGAUGGCUCAGGGAUCUGGGGAUCAAAGAGCAGUGGGGAUCGCUGACCCAGAGGAGAGUUCUCCAAAUAUGAUAGUCUACCGAAAAAUUGAAGACAUCAUUACAAAGAUGCAAGAUGACAAGACAGGUGGUGUGCCCAUCAGAACAGUCAAGAGCUUUCUCUCCAAAAUUCCCAGUGUUGUCACAGGUACUGACAUUGUGCAGUGGCUUAUGAAGAACCUUUGCAUCGAGGACCCAGUUGAAGCAAUACACUUGGGAAGCCUUAUAGCCGCCCAGGGCUACAUCUUUCCGAUCUCGGACCACGUUCUUACCAUGAAGGAUGAUGGCACCUUUUACCGUUUCCAGGCCCCGUACUUUUGGCCUUCGAACUGCUGGGAGCCUGAAAACACUGACUACGGUGAGCAGUGAAGAAGUGUCACUCCUGGGAGAGUGGAAGACAAAUGCCUGGUGUCUGGGUGACGGUCACGCAGGGAGGAGGGGUCGUUGUCCUGCUUAAUCCUUUUCAUACCGUUGACA